UGUUCUUGGGCAACAUGGAAUUCGAUCCGGUGGGAAGUGAUUAUCCGAAUGGAUUGGGAUUUGGGACCGAUCCGUCUCAGAUCCCAACCAAUCGCGUGCUUUCUUUCCGAUUCUUAAAUACUCUACUCCGCGCGUACAACACCGCACGCCACGCGAGCUGCGAGGUACGGUUCCCUCUGCUUCUCCACUCGACUCCGCCGGCGCCGGUGCAUCCAUCCAGAGGAAGAACACCGUCGUCCUGCCGCCCCGGACCAUGGCGACGCCCUGCCGCCUCGUCCUCCUGCUGCUAUCAUCGCUGCUCUCCGUCGCCGUCGGGGCGACUCACCCGGCGCACGAGUUCUGCGCCGCGGCAGGAAGGGACGCCGGCUGCGGCGGUGGAGGGGACGGCACCAGGAUCCUGAUCAAGGGCGGGACGGUGGUCAACGCGCACAGGGCGGAGGAGGCCGACGUGUACAUCGAGGGCGGCGUCGUCGUCGCCAUCCGGCCAAACAUUCCGGUUGGUGCUGAUAAUGUCAGAGUGAUCGACGCAACUGGAAAGUAUGUCAUGCCAGGUGGAAUUGAUCCUCACACGCACCUGGAGAUGGAGUUCAUGGGGACUGUGACCAUAGAUGACUUCUUCAGUGGCCAUGCUGCGGCACUGGCUGGUGGCACGACGAUGCACAUUGAUUUUGUCAUUCCAGUGAACGGCAACUUAACUGCAGGCUUGGAGUCCUACAAGCAGAAAGCAGCAAAAUCUGCCAUGGAUUAUGGCUUUCACAUGGCCAUUACAAAGUGGAGUGAUGAGGUUGCAAGGGAAAUGGAAGUGAUGGUUAAGGAACAUGGGAUCAAUUCUUUCAAGUUCUUCAUGGCAUAUAAGGGUUCCCUGAUGGUCACCGAUGACCUCCUCCUGCAAGGCUUACAGAAAUGCAAGUCUCUCGGUGCCCUGGCUAUGGUUCAUGCGGAGAAUGGGGAUGCUGUUGCCGAGGGACAGAAAUGGAUGAUUGACCUUGGGAUAACUGGCCCAGAAGGGCAUGCUCUCUCAAGACCCCCAAUUUUGGAAGGAGAAGCAACUGCACGGGCAAUACGCUUAGCAAAGUUCAUCAAUACGCCACUGUACGUUGUUCAUGUGAUGAGCAUUGAUGCAAUGGAAGAGAUUGCCAAGGCUAAAAGAGAAGGGCAGAAAGUCAUUGGUGAACCUGUGGUUUCUGGACUAGUACUUGAUGAUUCUUGGCUUUGGGAUCCUGACUUCACAAUUGCUUCAAAGUAUGUGAUGAGUCCUCCGAUCCGAGAAGCAGGGCAUGGUAAAGCACUCCAAGCUGCUCUUUCAUCGGGAAUUUUACAGCUUGUAGGUACUGAUCAUUGCACAUUCAACUCCACUCAGAAAGCUUUUGGGUCUGAUGAUUUCCGGAAGAUUCCCAAUGGUGUAAAUGGUAUUGAGGAACGAAUGCAUAUAAUUUGGGACAGCAUGGUGGAAACUGGCAAGAUUUCUGUCACGGACUAUGUUAGAGUGACAAGCGCAGAAUGUGCCAAGAUCUUCAACAUAUACCCCCGGAAAGGAGCAAUCUUGGAAGGAUCCGAUGCAGAUAUCAUCAUCCUAAACCCUGAAAGGAGCUUUGUAAUGGGUGCCCACACACACCAUUCAAGGUCCAACACAAAUGUGUACGAGGGCAGGAAAGGAAAGGGAAUGGUGGAAGUCACGAUCUCAAGGGGCCGAGUGGUAUGGGAGGAUGGCGUUCUGAACAUCACCCCCGGUUCAGGAAGAUACGUCAGGAUGCCGCCUUAUGGCUACGUCUUUGAUGGCAUUGAGAAGUCAGAUGCCGCCUACAGAGCUUCCCUCCGAGCUCCUGUUCAACGUGGUAUUGCUGCUGCUUAACGAUGUCAGCUGACGGUGGCAACGUUGCUCUGAGAUCCAAGGUGAACACCGUUGAAUCCAUGUGUAGCUUCCUUGUGUACAAAAAUAACUUUAUUUGAAUUCAGAUUCAGGAUAGGUAAAGGCCUUAACUUGCCUUUGUACAUCCAACACCUUUGUGGCUCAGAAAAUUUACUAGUUUCAGUCCGUGUGUACAAACUACCAACUUGCUCCUCCGAUAAAUAAAAAACUGGCAAUGCUUCAGACA